UUAAAUUUAGAAAAGUGCUUUUACGCUUUAGAUCUUAUUUCUCUGUAAUUAUAUAUUACAAUAUAUAUUGUAUAUUCUACACAAAUAAAUGUAGUCUAUUGCAGUAUUAUUAAAUAGAAAAAUUAGACAAGCUUGCUUGAAUUAGCAAACACAUUACAUUAGUGGUUAUGUUCUUAAUGUAUAUGCCGGAUCAAAACAUACUUGUUCAUAUUUGUAUCGAUAGCAUAAAACAUAACAUUUAAGAUGAAACUGUAUUGUUUAUCGAGUGAACCAACAAAACCAUGUUUGGUUCUAAGUUUCAAAGGAAUUACUUUAAUGUUAGAUUGCGGUUUAAAUAUGCAAUCUAUACUACAUUUCAUGCCAAUGCCUAUGGUUCCCAGCACCAAAUUUAAUUCCUUACCUUUGUGGCUUCCACGUGAUAAUCAUCAAGAUUGGCAAAUAGAAGGGGAACUAAAAGAAUGUUGCGGCAGAGUAUUUGUAGAUUCGACCCCUGAAUUUUCUCCACCUUUGGAGAAAAUAGUAGACUUUUCAGAAAUUGAUGCCAUUUUGAUAUCAAAUUACACUUGUAUGUUGGCUCUGCCAUUUAUAACAGAGGACACUGGUUUUAAAGGCAUUAUUUAUGCUACAGAACCAACAUUACAGAUUGGACGAUUUUUUAUGGAAGAACUAGUAGAAUUCAUUGAACAAACUCCAAAAGCUACAUUAGCUAAACAUUGGAAAGAAAUGUUACAUGUAUUACCUCCUCCAUUAGCUGAUGCUCUUAAGCCAAAAUCUUGGAAACAUAUAUAUUCGAUAUCAGCAGUUAAUACUGCUUUAUCAUAUAUCCAAACAGUUGGAUAUGAUCAAAAAUUGGAUAUAUAUGGUGCAUUAACAGUCACUCCUAUAAGCUCCGGAUAUUGUUUGGGUAGCAGUAAUUGGUUAAUUUCAUGUGACCAUGAAAAGGUUGCAUUUGUAAGUGGAUCCUCAACAUUGACAACACAUCCUCGGCCUAUGGAACAAGCUACUUUGAAACAUGCUAAUAUGUUAAUACUAACUGGUUUAACUCAAACACCUACUGCAAAUCCAGAUACUAUGCUUGGAGAACUGUGUAUGACUGUUGCUAUAACACUCAGAACGGGGGGAUGUGUUUUAAUACCGUGUUAUCCAUCUGGAGUUGUAUAUGAUUUAUUUGAAUGCCUUAGUACUCAUUUGGAUAAGUCUGGUUUCUCACAAGUUCCUUUAUUUUUUAUAUCACCAGUAGCUGAAACAUCUUUAGCAUAUUCAAAUAUUUUAGCUGAAUGGUUGUCAACAAAUAAACAAAAUAAAGUUUAUCUUCCUGAGGAACCAUUUCCACAUGCUUUUCUUGUUAAAAAUGCCAGGUUAAAACAUUUUACAUCUAUAUAUGCCGAAGGUUUUAGUUCUGAUUAUAGACAACCUUGUGUUGUCUUUUGUGGUCAUCCCAGCCUUAGAUUUGGAGAUGCAGUUCAUUUUGUUCAGUUAUGGGGUAAUAAUCCACAACAUACCAUAAUUUUCACAGAACCAGAUUUUCCAUAUUUAGAUGCUUUGGCACCAUUUCAACCAUUAGCUAUGAAAGCAGUGCAUUGUCCAAUUGACACAUCUCUUAAUUUUACUCAAGCUAAUAAAUUAAUUAGGGAUUUGAAACCAGAACAUUUAGUUAUACCUGAGUGUUAUACACAACCACCAAUAACUGCUCCACAUAGAACAGAUCUUGUUAUAGAACCUGUAGGGGAAAAACCUUUAAUCACUUUCAAAAGAGGUGAAGUUAUAAAAUUGCCUUUAAAAAGAAAGAAAGGACGGGUGUUUAUUGAGCCAGAAUUAGCUGGAAAUAUAAUUCCUAAUGAAAUUCGUCCUGGUUUAAGUCUUGCUUCUGUUACUGGUGAACUGGAAGUUAAGGAUAACGUAUAUACAAUAAAAAGCAUUGAAGAUAGAUCUAGUGGAAAACGUAAAGCGUCUUCCAGUUCACCUGCACCAAUUAAGGAAGAAGUUCUUAAAGAAAGAAAACAUGAGUAUGGCAAUUUGGAUCCACAAGAACUCCUUCAAAAGCUUAAUCAAGAAGGUAUUCAAGGAGCCAAGUUACAACAUACUCCAACUGCAACCAGUAUUCAUUUACAAGAUGAAGAUACUUUGAUUCAAAUAGGGGAUAAUUCGACACAUAUAUUUUGUAACGGUGAUCAAAAGAUUAGGAGACGAUUAAGGACUAUUAUUAUGCAGUGCCUUAAGAGAUUUUAGAAUAAGAAGUAAAUACUAUUAUUCUUUUGUAUAGUUAUAAUUUUAUUAAAAUUUAGUUUUAUUUAUAAA